UUAUCUAUUUGGUGUUCUUAUAUCUUAUAUUUUAAACAUCAAUUAAGUUAAAAUAUGAUAUCAAAGUGUAUGCUCAAUGUGCAUAAUAUUUUAAACAUCAACUGUGUCCAAGUGUGGAUGUUCGUGUGUUCUUGUUGGUGUCAGAGUUUGUGUUUAAUGUGCACUAACACCUCACGAAAAUAAGCUCAAGAGUCAACAAGGGACGAAUUUUGGGUAAAUUUUGUAGCACGGGAAAAAUUGCCCACUUGCUUAUUUUCUUCACACAAGAGAAGCGAUUAUUUUGUCUUUCUUCUCUGAGGAAUCCUCUCUGGGUGAUCGAUCAUAACAUUUCCUCUCUUGUUUUAACAAACAUAGCCUGCAUGUUUAUGAAUGCGUAUAUAUAAACCACUACUCUAGAGCACAAAUUAUAAUGGCUACUAUUUCUUGUAGACCACUUUCGUUUCUUUGUUGCUUGUAUCUAAUAAUAGUAAUAUGUGAAGCCAGCUUCGGACCAAGUUAUGAAUACUCCAAAUACUGUAAUAACAGUAAUGGAAACUACACAGCCAAUUGCAUCUACCACACCAACCUCGACACCCUCACUUCCAACACAGUAAUCUACUGGCUGCUUCUGUUUCGUAUCGCUUAGAUCAAGUUCUAAUGUUAGAUUUGAUAUCUACCCCUUCUACAAUGAACCUACGCCAAUAUCAUCAUUAUCAUACCCACCAGUCCCAGUCCCAGUCCCAGAUGUACCAUGCACCGUCAACACCGGUAUCACUCUCCCCACAAGAAUAUUCUGGUUUUCGCAGAAAAGGACAAGUCGUUACAAACUACAAUCACCAUAUUUGUGCCUACUAUUCUCGUUGUUGUUGUUCUGCUCAUCUUUAUUAGCAUAUAUUUUAGGAGGAAGAAAGCAAGGAAAAUCCUUCUAUUUGAUGAUGAAGACAAUGAUGAAAUUAAAACGGUUGAAUCAUUGCAAUUCAACUUAGACACAAUACAAGUUGCAACAAGUAACUUCUCUGCUUUUAAUAAACUCGGAAAGGGAGGGUUUGGAAUUUGUUUAUCAGAUCCAACAAAGAAAGCACAAUUGGAUUGGGAAAAGCGCUACAAAAUCAUUAGAGUGAAAUCAGAUGUCUUCAGUUUUGGUAAACUAGUCCUAGAGAUUGUAAGUGGCCAAAAAAACUAUGGUAGUAGUCUUGGGGAGAAUGGUGAAGUUUUGUUAAGUUUCGCAUGGAGAAACUGGCAAGAAGGGACAAUUACAAAUAUUAUAGAUCCAUCAUUAAACAAUUAUUCACAAAAUGAAAUGAUAAGAUGCAUCCAAAUUGGUUUACUGUGUUCAAGAAAAUUUAGCCAACAGACCAACCAUGACUACUGUAGCACACAUGCUUAAUAGCCAUUCUACCACUUUCCCGGUACCUUUAAAACCUGCAUUCUUUAUGGAUAGU